CUCGUUGUGGGCGAGGCCCACUGGUCGCUGCAGCUGAGUUGAGUUUCCAAGUUCGCGUCCCCGUCCUCUCGGCCCGCGUAAACAGACAAACAACUUACAGGAUGGACGAUCCGGACGGCGCGGAGGCGCAUCUAAACAACAACAACAACGACGACGUCGUAGAGGUCAUAGAAUUGGACGGUGACGCCAACCCGGAUGAUCUGGCGGACGAAAUGGAAGAUGUUGAUUUUGCUGAUGAGUGCGGUGAUGAUGAGGAGGACGACGAUGAUGAUGACUACAAUGAGUGGGCGAGUGAGGCGGAUGAUGGUGGAGAAAGUGUUCCUGAUGACAGCGAGUUCACGGUCAAGAAGCACAAAGGUGCCGUUUUCUGCAUCGCCCUGGACCCCAAGUCGAACGCGCUGGCUGUGACAGGCGGCGAGGACGAUCUGGCGUACGUGUGGAGAGUGGGCGACGGAGAAAUCCUCUUCCCCUGCACCGGCCACAAGGACUCGGUGACGUGCGCAGGAUUUAGCCACGACUCCUCCAUGGUGGCCACGGGCGACAUGAGCGGCCUCAUCAAGGUGUGGAGCUCAGCCACGGCGCAGGAGCUCUGGUCUUUCGAGGUGUCCGACCUGGAGUGGAUUGAGUGGCAUCACAAGGCGCCUGUGCUGCUGGCUGGUACCAACUCGGGAGAAGUGUGGAUGUGGAAGAUUCCUGCCGGUGACUGCAGGACCUUCCAAGGCCCUGGCUGUCAGAGCAUGUGUGGGAAAAUCUUCCCAGAUGGUAAAGGAGCCGUUGUGGGCUACGAGGAUGGGACGGUGAGGAUAUGGGACUUGAAGCAGUCGACGCCCGUGUUCACUUUCAAAGGCAAGGAUGGGCACCAGGGCUCGGUGACGUGUUUGGCGGUGCACGACGACGGAACGUUGGUGCUGACCGGAUCCGUGGACCGCACGGCAAGUCUGCUCAAUGCCGCCACCGGCAAGGUCCUGCACGUGUUCACGUUGGAUGCCAAGGUGGGCAUGGGCAGCGGUGCUGGCGCUGCCGUUGAAGACGAGGAGGAGGCGGGGAGCUCCAACUCUGUGGAGUCGGUGGGCUUCUGCAAAGUGCACCCUCUCAUCGCUGUGGGGUACUUGGAUGGAACUCUGGUCAUCUGGGACGUCCCGUCACAGACGCUGCGCCACAGGUUGCAGGAAGGGGUGGGCGUGGUGAAGCUGCAGUGGGACCUGUCUUCGGCAACGCUCUUCGUCUGCAGCCUGGACGGCCGCGUGCGUCUCUACGACGGGCGCAGCGGUGCCUCGGCCGGGCUCCUGCAGGGACACCGCGGGGAGGUGCUCGACUUUGCGCUCAGCAGGGACUCGUCAAUGCUCGUGACGGCGUCUGGGGACCACACCGCCAAAGUCUUCCACCUGCAGAAGCCGGACCGCUAACGGGACCGUUGGGGAACGCCCAAUCUUGCCGCGGUGAAAAUUCUCUCGUCCGUGACCUUGGCAGCAUGAGUGGACUUUUGGGGGGACAAGAGCCACCACCCCUCUUCAGCGCUUCAUUGGCGUGAUCCAAGCAUCGCGGCAGCUUCACGGGGGUUUACGCACAGCCAGGCUGCCCGGAUGCCGCACCCCGCUGCGUCUUUCACGAUGAACGGACCCUGGCGUGGAGUUUGAGUGCCGGUGGUAAAUAUAUUCUGCACCCGUUGGCAUCGAGAAGAUUAAAUUGCGUGACCUCUCGUCUCGUACGAAGAGACGAGGGGAUCCCAUCUUCAUCUACCUUUCUCGUCCUUAAAAGUCCCUCUCAUUCAUCAGGAAAGCCUUAAAGUACUUUUUCUAUCAAUUAUUUGACUUGCGUAAUGAUAAUAAAAAUUCCUUCAAAUCUGCAGUCACAAAUGAAAGAGCAUGAUUGAACAAUAUCGGUAGAGGUACAAACUGGAGCUGUCCAAUCUCUGGCCCGUGGGUCACAUAGGUCCCGCUAAUUUGCUUAGCCUGGCCUGUCACAUCACUGGAAUUGCAAUAAAAAAUGGCCCUCAGCUGCUGUGAGUUCAAGUUAACCAUCUUGCUCGUCGUGUUGUCUUUGGAGCCACAUGAUGUGCGGGAGUGGGGGUCGGUUGGGGUUGGGGUUGGGGCCUUGUGAGUUAAAAUUGGGCACAGCCUGGGUACCGUAUACACCCUUCCAUGGUUCCCUCUCUCUCCAAGCUCGCCCUCAUAUAGCCUCUUCGCAAUACAUCCCCAAAAACUCGGUUGCAUCUUUAUAAAUGCAUCUCAACCUUCGUCUCUUCUGAAUCGUAUGUCUUCUAUCGAAAUGUUCUCUUUGCAGUAUCUCCCAACGUCUUGUAUGAAUGCAUCUUGUGUCUUGUCGUACCACCGAUUUAGCAUGGAUGGCUACGGACGGUGCGAAACAGGUUCAACAUACAUAUCUCAUCUGACUGCCUCUCUUCUCUCGGUGUUACUCUCCUAUCACUUCCAUAAUUAUCUCUUGUACCUCUUAGAAAUGCCCACGAACCAUGACUUUCUAGCAUGUUCACCAAUCUGGUCCUUAAAGCAAGAAAUCCGGACGAACCUGUCCCCAAAUCGGUGGCAAAAGAACCCCGCUGAACCUGUAACUUUGGUUUUCAGUAUUUUAGGUUUCUGACGCGAGCCCGACUUAAGUUCCUAUGAAUAGCGGGUCCAAGUGGAUUCAUGACAUGAACCGCUGUGGUCAGUGGAAUGCUUCACCUGUGCCACAAAUAGGAUAUGUUGAACCAUCCACACUGCAGUGGUAAUCUUCGACGCCCAAGUUCCAGGAAUUGAAUUCCACACUUUACAGGUAAAAUGCCGACUGCUGAUGAGAAUGCGAUCCCAGAUCCUUUUACAGGGGUAAUAUAUAUAAAAAAAUAUAAAUAUAAAAUAUAAAUUAAAAUUUAUAGAUCCAAUUCAUGUUUUGGCAGAUCGUGUGCACUGAUAUUUUGGUGGUAGCUUUUGCUUCCAUUGAUUUUUGCCAUGUUCCUUCACCAGUUAUCGCUAGAAAAUCGGCUUCCGUCCACUACACGCAUCACGCCCCAAGUAUCCGCAUAGGGCAUCUAUGACCACAUAGCAUGGAAUGCACCCGAUCUCGACAGACCCCGGAAGCAAAGUUGUUUUGAGCCAGGAUAGUGCUUGGAUGUGCGACCAUCAUGCACACUGCGUUGGGCAGCAGAGGGCAGUAAAGCAAAGUCCAUGGUGUACCACGGCUAUCGUCUAUGCUGCCCCGCCCGCCUUCACCAUCCCGCACUGACUAGCGUGAAGUAUGGUCACAUGACCCCCCCCACCCACCAUGACCUGCACAGCGUGGGGGGGCCCUCAUCCAGUCGUGGAUUGACAAACGGCACGGUGAAGGUGCCAGCCACCACAGCUCUGCAGGUGCGGUGUGGUGGUAUCGCCUUACCUGCGGUGUCCUUUAGUUGCUUCUGUUCCUAUUAAGGUCAUUGUUACGUCACUUUGUGAGUGUAAAUUAAUUUGGCCAUGCCUUGAAUUAUAAUUUUUAAAAGACCACAAAAUGCGUUUGUUAAAUUCAGACUUGCAUAAAAUACGUCGUCAGAAAAAUGAAGACCUUUGAUAAGUUUGAGAUAGCAAUAAUAGCCAGAUGUAAGAAAUAAUAAGCAAACUGUCUCUUGCACCUCUGUCUCGCAUAAAACAUCAAAGUAAUACAUAAUCUGUCAGCCGCUUGGCAUUUUGGGAGUGUGUAACUUCAGCAUUGAUUCGAUUCAAGCAGUUUCAAAGUUGCUGAGAUUAUCCACUUCCAGAAGACCGUGUGGCUGAAGGGUUUUGUAAGAAAUACUUCAGAUUUUUUUUAUGUAGAAAGACCGAUACACGAAGUAGACAUUGUCUGCUUAUUUGUUUGUUAUUUAUAUUCUCCACAACCGGAGCUAACAAUUAUUUUGAGACGUAAUUACUUUAUUUGGUCAAAUCAUUUUUACUAGGACGCGUAAAAACACGCUGUGAAUCUCGAAUGUGUUACGGCAAACAAAAGAAUAUAACGAAAUGUUCCGAAAUAAAAAUGAAAUUUUACGAUGA